UAUCAAUUCUAUCAGAAGCUGCGGCGUGAAUUGGGAAUCUGGCAGAAACUUGUGCAUGACAACAUCCUCCCAUUAUAUGGGGUUGCCCUCGGAUUUGGUCCGUUUACUGCCAUGGUGUCUCCAUGGGCAAAGAAUGGAUCAUUGACUAUGUAUCUCGAGUCCAAUCGAGACCUUUCGAUCCCUGAUCGAUUUCAGCUCCUUUUCGAUAUCGCAAGUGGUCUGCAUUAUCUACAUUCAAAUCAAGUCGUCCACGGAGACCUCAGUGGGUCCAAUGUUCUGGUAAUGGAGAAUGGCACCGCGUGUCUUUCGGACUUUGGGCUUUCUGGUGUAUUAUCCGAAUUCUUUGGCUCAUCAAACUUCUCUUCUACCAUCGCCGGAAAUAUUCGGUGGGGAGCCCCAGAGCUGUUCGCCCUGCCGGAAACUCAAGACGGCAUUUCAACAAAUCGCCCGAGUAAAGAAGCUGAUAUUUACUCAUUCGGCAGCAUAAUGCUACAGGUUUUCUCGGGGAAGGUUCCUUACUAUUAUAUCAAACAACAGAUGCAGAUUAUUGUGAUGGUCGUGGAUGGCAAAAGACCUAGACGCCCGGAGGAGCCUCAGAUCGCUGAAGAACAUUGGAACAUGAUAGAAUGUUGCUGGAGCGCCCGCAGUGUUCGGCCGUCCAGUGAAGAUAUUUUGAAGUUUGUCGCGGCACAUCGAGGUGAGCACAAAAUUGGUUGGUCGAACGGACUUGUCUAA